AUGCCCAUCGACAUUGUCCAUGAGUCCCUCCCAUACGUCGACCCAGACACCACACCUGCCGAGCGCGCCGCAGCCGAAGCCCUCAUCGCGGAAGAGCGCACCCAAGUACCAGACGACCCUCACCACCUGCACCUCCCCCCGGCACCCUCACCCACCGCCUUCCUGACACCCCUCCUCACCGCCGAACUCACGCGCCUCAGCACCACCGACCCCUCCUCCCCCUCCCAAUCCAAACUCACCGCCCUCGACUUCACACGGCGCGCGCCCAACUCCUCCAAGCCACGCUCUCGCGGGCGUACGGCCUCGCACAGCUACAUCGCGUCGCGACGGACGCACCUGGCGCUGCUCGAAGCGUACGGCAAGAACGCGUGGCUGGUGGGCAACGCGGCGCUGGAGGGGGAGGUGCGGGCGGCGGAGCAGGAGCUGGCGGGGGCGCGGCGCGAGGUGGACGCGACGACGCUCCGGCGGCGGGCGGCGCAGGACGCGGUGGCGGGGGAGAUGGCGGCGCUAGAGGAGGCGUGGCGGAGGGGGGUGGGCAGGGUGUUGGAGACGGAGGCGGCGGUGGAGGGGUUGAGGAGGGAGGGGUUGGAGCUGAGGAGACGGUUGGCUGGUGUUGGGGGGGAGGGGGUGUGA